AAGAUGGCAGACAGCAUCCCUCUGAAUCCUGUACGGAAGAAUUCGAGAAAAACUGCGUAUUAUAAUGCUGGCAGACCUACCAGGUAUCAGAUUGAAGACGAAUCCUCGAACCUUGAUGAGAUGCCCUUGAUGAUGUCAGAGGAAGCUUUUGAAAACGAUGAAAGUGACUAUCAGACGCUGCCCAGAGCCAGAGUGAGUCAGAGGACUGGGCUGGGCUGGUUCCUCUGUGGUGGAUGGAAGGUCCUGUGCACCAGCUGUUGCGAAUGUCUGGUUCACACAUGUCGCAGGAAGAAGGAGCUGAAAGCUCGGACGGUGUGGCUGGGGCAUCCUGAGAAAUGUGAAGAGAAGUACCCCAAAAAUGCCAUCAAGAAUCAGAAAUACAACAUUGUCACUUUUGUGCCAGGGGUUCUUUACCAGCAGUUUAAGUUCUUCCUCAACUUGUAUUUUUUGGUAGUGGCUUGUUCUCAGUUUGUUCCAUCGCUGAAGAUAGGAUAUUUGUACACCUACUGGGCCCCGCUGGGCUUUGUGUUAGCUGUCACCAUGGUGAGAGAGGCAGUUGACGAAGUUCGGCGCUGCAGGAGAGAUAAAGAGAUGAAUUCCCAGCUGUACAGUAAACUCACAGUGAGAGGGAAGGUCCAAGUAAAGAGCUCAGACAUACAGGUUGGAGAUUUAAUCAUUGUGGAGAAGAAUCAGAGAAUUCCUGCUGAUAUGAUUUUUCUGAGAACAUCAGAGAAGAAUGGUUCGUGUUUUAUUAGAACAGAUCAGCUGGAUGGAGAGACAGACUGGAAGCUGCGAAUCACUGUUGCUUGCACUCAAAGACUUCCUGCCUUAGGGGAUCUCUUCUCUGUCAGCGCGUACGUUUACGCCCAGAAGCCUCAGCUGGACAUUCACAGUUUUGAGGGGAACUUCACAAGGGAGGACUGUGACCCUCCCAUCCACGAGAGCUUGAGCAUUGAGAACACCCUGUGGGCCAGCACUGUGGUGGCAUCUGGUACUGUCAUAGGUGUGGUCAUAUAUACGGGAAAAGAAAUGAGAAGCGUGCUAAACACGUCGCAGUCCAAAAACAAGGUGGGACUAUUGGACCUGGAGUUAAACCGCCUAACAAAAGCUCUGUUCCUGGCUCAGGUGGUUCUGUCUGUUGUUAUGGUGGCUUUGCAGGGAUUCCUUGGGCCCUGGUUCCGAAACCUGUUCCGUUUCGUGGUUUUAUUUUCAUACAUCAUCCCCAUCAGUCUAAGAGUAAACCUGGACAUGGGGAAGUCAGCGUACGGCUGGAUGAUUAUGAAGGAUGAGAAUAUUCCAGGUACUGUGGUUCGGACAAGCACCAUCCCAGAAGAACUUGGCCGUCUGAUCUACCUGCUUACAGACAAGACAGGCACUCUGACCCAGAACGAGAUGGUCUUCAAGCGCCUCCAUCUCGGUACUGUGUCAUACGGGAUGGACACUAUGGAUGAGAUCCAGAGUCACAUCAUCCAGUCCUACGCUCAGGUGAGCUCGGUGCAGUCUAAUGGCAAUAGUGCGAGUUCAACACCCUCUUGUAAAUCACAGCCGUCUGCUCCGAAGGUCCGCAAGAGCGUGAGUAGCCGGAUCCACGAGGCCGUGAAAGCCAUCGCCCUCUGCCACAACGUUACACCAGUGUACGAAUCCCGUGUUAACGGUGCCAGCGCAGAGCCAGAGAGCACAGAGGCUGACCAGGACUUUAGCGACGACAACCGCACUUACCAGGCCUCCAGUCCUGAUGAUGUGGCUCUGGUGCGCUGGACUGAGAGUGUGGGUUUGACUCUGGUGAACAGAGACCUGACGUCCCUCCAGCUGAAGACCCCAGCCGGACACAUCUUGACCUAUUACAUCCUCCAGAUCUUCCCCUUCACCUCUGAGAGCAAGCGCAUGGGCAUUAUUGUCAGGUGUGGGAACAUGGCCAGAGAGGGCCUGCGGACACUGGUGGUGGCUAAGAAAUCACUGACUGAAGAGCAAUACCAGGACUUUGAGGAUGUUGAUGGAAGUGGCGGCAGUGGUGGAGAGUCUGGAGAGAGAGAUGGACACAUUGGCAGACUGCUGAUGGUACACGGCCGCAACAGCUACAAACGCUCAGCAGCUCUGGGCCAGUUUGUCAUGCACCGUGGCAUGAUCAUCUCCACCAUGCAGGCUGUGUUUUCCUCUAUUUUCUACUUCGCAUCUGUUCCUCUAUACCAAGGUUUCCUCAUGGUGGGUUACGCCACAAUCUACACCAUGUUCCCUGUCUUUUCUCUGGUGUUGGACCAGGAUGUGAAGCCUGAGAUGGCUCUGCUGUAUCCUGAACUCUAUAAAGACCUCACCAAGACUGUCGAUGUCCGGCCCACACUAGAGCUCCUCCGCAAUGCAGGGAUCAAGAUCUGGAUGUUGACCGGAGACAAGCUGGAAACUGCUACGUGUAUCGCCAAAAGUUCCCACUUAGUUUCUAGAAAUCAAGACAUCCACGUUUUCAAACCGGUGUCCAACAGGGGCGAGGCUCAUCUGGAGCUGAACGCCUUCAGGAGGAAGCACGACUGUGCGCUGGUCAUCUCAGGAGACUCUCUAGAGGUCUGUCUGCGCUACUACGAGCAUGAAUUUGUGGAGCUGGCGUGUCAGUGUCCCUCUGUGGUUUGCUGUCGCUGCUCUCCCACGCAGAAAGCUCAGAUCGUUCGAUUGUUACAGCAGAAUACAGACAACAGAACAUGUGCCAUAGGUGAUGGAGGAAAUGAUGUCAGCAUGAUCCAAGCAGCAGACUGCGGUAUCGGUAUUGAAGGGAAGGGUCGCUCCCUGUCCUUUAAGACCUUCCUGAUCUGGGUUUUGAUAAGUGUAUAUCAAGGGGGCAUCCUGAUGUACGGGGCCCUGGUGCUGUUCGAUCAGGAGUUUGUGCAUGUGGUGGCGAUCUCCUUCACUGCUCUGAUCCUGACGGAGCUGCUGAUGGUGGCGCUGACGGUCCGCACCUGGCACUGGCUCAUGGUUGUAGCUGAACUUAUCAGUCUUGGCUGCUACCUCGCUUCCCUCGCCUUCCUGAACGAAUACUUUGGCAUAGGUCGCGUGACCUUAGGAGCUUUCCUGGAUCUUUCGUUUAUUACCACAUGGGUGUUCUUGUGGAAGGUGUGCGUCAUCACGCUGGUCAGCUGUUUGCCGCUCUACAUCAUCAAAUAUCUGAAGCGGAAAUUCUCCCCGCCAAGUUAUUCCAAACUCUCCUCCUAAACUUUCCAUAUGGUCACAUAGUGUCAAAAGGCAUGCUGAUGUAUUUAUAAGCACACGUGACUGCUACAUCAAACACUUUGAAACUCAUCUAAUCCUUUUUUUUUUUUUAAUACUGGAUGUUAGUUCACCCAAAAAUGAACAAGCUAUCAUUUA